AUGUAUCGGAACCCGUGGAUCUCGAAUUACCUGACUCAUGUCAAGUUUUGCGGCCAAGGACUUGGGAGUGAGUCCCCUAUAAAACUAAGGAAUCCCAGGUUGCUACAGAAGAGAGCUUUGAGCUUUCAGAAAGAAUUCUCCCCUGGCGAAAAAGACGACCCUGCCAAAAUCACCAAGGAUAUAGAUGUAAGUCUCUUGGCCAAUCUCCCCAAAGUCUCUGAAUUGAGGAAACGAUUUGAAGGCAUUACCACAAGCUCAAGUGACUGGGAAAUGAACAGAAAGGAGCGUAUUGCUCGGCGGAUGGAGGGCAUAGAGGGUGAGGUCAAUCCGUCGCUGCUGCCGAGCUUGGUGGCCAACCGGCUUUUAGAGGAGGAUACACCAAGAUACACCAGGGCCAAUGACCCCUUUGAACCCUGUGGUGUUACAGUUCAGCGAUAUGGAGUAGAGGAAUUUGAAAGUCCAGAGAUACAGCUGACGGCUCCCGAGCGACAGUCCAGAGCUCGAUGUCGGCCUGACCCACCAACCUCCAUCCACGCAGAGCCGAUCUUCAGUUCAGGCACCACCACGAGUGGUCCCGAGCUGGAGUCCAAGGCUGAACGCAUCGCCCGUUACAAGGCAGAACGGCGUCGGCAACUGGCUGAGCGCUACGGUAUCUCCCUGGAUCAGGAGCCCGACUUGGACUAUCCCUCCCGCCACACUCGCACCCGGAAGGAGUCAGAAGGCUCGGAGAGGAGAAACAGAGGGGAGUGUGAGGGGAGAGAGGGGAGAGAUAUCACCCUGACCUCCUCCACUGGCACAUCUGCCACCAGCCCAAGGUCUGGACGCACAGCGCAACACCACAGCCACUCUGAGCCGAGCUAUGAGAUGGGUCGAACCAGGGUGGACUCUUUCUCAGAGAGGGAGAGGCUGAUGAACCUGGAGAAUCAACGGAGGGCUCCUCCUCCUGAGCCUCCAUCCUCCUCAUACAUGGAUGUGACACCAUUAUCCUCAGCUGCCAGGGUGCCCCCCAGGGACAAUGCAGUCACAGGAAUGCCACCCAGUUCACCCAAGCUGAGCAGGCACCGUUCCCUCUCCUCACCUAAACAUGCUACAUCUCCUGGAGACCUGUUCAUUGAGCAGCAGGCACACACCAUCCUCACCAGACAUGGUGCGAGGGCGUUACUGAGCUCCGAUUGGUUCCUGCAGACUGAUGCUGAGGGCGACACACACUCCCUCAUCAACUGGCCAUCGAGAAUCAGAGUUAGGGAGAGGCUUGCCAGGGAAGAGGGCCUCCAGAGGAGCCCAGAACUGGGAAAUGUUACAGAUGCGCCAGUGCACCGCAGACAAUAUCAGCACCAGACCCCAUGUUACCACACAGAUCCACCAGGCCUCCCUCAGGUCCUUCAAACCCAGGCUCAGCUCCCCCGACCAGGUCAACAGGAAGUUGUUGGAAACCCAAGUUACCUCUCCAUGGCCUCUGGUCCCGCGUCCAGAGGCGGCCAGCAGCAGCAGGCUCCUGAGGACGAGCCUGAGGAGACGGAGGAUGUGAAGACAGAGGGCCUCUUGAAAAGUAGGAAAGCAGUUCUUCCCUCAGAGAUCCGCCGCAGGGAGAGGAGCACCGAGGACCCACGGAGAGGAAGAGGGGAGGAGGACCUUGGGAUGUCCAAGGUGCAGAGCCUCAGCCACGCAAGGGAGGCCGAGGCAGAGGAUGUUCCAAGAGGCAGACGCAGAGGCAGACGAGAGGAAAUUGAGCACCUUUCCCGUCUGCAUUCAGUCGAGAGCAGGCCCAGAGAGAGGGAAAGUUCCCUUCAUACCCACAAAGGGGCGACCGCAACCAAUAUCCAGCCUAGAUUGGCACAUGCAGCCCCAGGAAGCUCCAGCACAGCUGUGAACCUGCAGCAACAGAACCACGACCUCCAGGAGGUCAAGCAGGGUGAAGGUUUCAGUAAUGGAGAGGUCCUCCAAGACACGCGGGUGUCUGUGUCCCAGCUCAGGCACUCCUACAUGGAGAGCACCACUCCUCCAACUGGCCGCAGAAAUGAGCUUGAAGUUGAGGGGGACCGGGCGCACUCGGGCUACGAGGCCCCAUGGAGAGGGGAAAGGGACAGGGGGCGCAGGCCCCGGCAGUAUAUCGAUCCGGGGAAGAGUAGAAAGACCUCAGAAAGGUUUAGGACGCAGCCCAUCACUUCUGCUGAGCGCCAGGAGACUGCUAGGUCCUGUGUGAGUUCAGAUCUUGCUUCCUCUGAAGCUGAUGAAGAGAAACUCGAUGAAAGAGCCAAGCUGAGCGUAGCAGCCAAACGCACUCUCUUCAGGGAACUGGAGAAGAGCAUCGAUGGCGGAGCUCCUAAGCCUCGAUCCAGGAAUGCUGCUGUGGACAGGAGACUGAGACGGACACAAGACCGAUCCAGAACUCAGCCCGUCACCACUGAGGAAGUCGUCAUUGCUGCUACCGUCCCCUCUCAUGUGCCUCAAACGCUGACUGUUCACACCGCUGUAGCUCGCAUCCCUAGCCCCACCCUUGUUUGCGGCUCAGUCCCACCAUACAGCCUGCAGGCGUCCUUACAGCAGAGCACCACUGCCCACGAGCAGGCAAGGGAGGCGCGGCUGGUGCAGGAGACAAAGGAGGCCUGUGUGUCCAAGCCGGUGUCCACGAUGGAGGGUAAAGCCCACAGUCACGGUCAGGAGGAGCCCGACCUCUGCACCCUCAGCCUGGCAGAAAAGAUGGCACUGUUCAACCGGCUGGCUCAGCCUCCGUCCAGGGUAACCCGCACCAGAGGGGACACGCGCCAGCGCAGGGCCAACGCUCGCUACCAGACGCAGCCCAUCACGCUGGGAGAUAUGGAGCAGGAGUCCUCAGACAUAGACAUGGGGGACGAACAGGAGCUGUGCGACAGCCCAGUAGAGCAUCUGCAACUUCAGAACGGUACAGGCUCUCGGUCAGAUCACCUCCCCUCCUCAUCGCCCUCCUCUGCUCUGAGGGCAGGAAGCACCGUCUCCACAGACCACGCCGGAGACAUCCACAUAACCAGAGCACCAGGCCGUCUGGAAAACCUCCCACCCAGCUCCGACAGGUCUCUGCCCCCUCACCAGGCGGACGGCCCGGCCCUGCGCCCCCAGGACUCCGGGGACCACCUGACGCACAGGAACCUGCCCCAGGGAGAAGUCCGGGUAGAUCUGGGAGGAGGGAAAAGGAAGCUGCCCUCUCCCGACCGAGCGGUCAGGCAGUUGGCUCUGCCCCAGCCUGGAAGGGAGAGGAGGAGGGAGGAAGAGGAGGAGGUGGAGCAGCAGCAGCGGCUGACCAGAGCGAGGGCAGAGGGCGCUGUGAAGAGCCCAGAGAGCCACAUGCUAGUGGAGAGGCAGGAGCAGAGGGGGUAUCUGAGGGAGGACGGACACUACCCCAUAGGCCAGAGGAGCAGGACCGUCAGUGAAGAUCGGCUGGAGUCGACUAUGCUAACAUCCAGAGCAGCAUCAGAUUCCCUCAGGACGGCGUGUCAGCCUCCAGCCGCAGAUACACACAACGACGACAUCGAGUUUCUGUCCGAGCACGGGGACGAAAUGAGCAACGCGAUGUCCGCCAAAAAAAUGUCCAUCAGAGAGAGAGUGGCCUUGUUGAAGAAGAGCGGCGAGGAUGACUGGAGGAACAGGAUCAAUAGGAAGCAGGAUUUGGCGAAGGUGGCCAUGGACGAGCAGCAGGCUCAGCUCUGGGAGGUGGAGCAGAGCUUCAAGAAGAAGGACGAUGAAGCGCUGAUGAUGAUCGAUGAGCUUGCUGUGUCCGACCAGCUGUGGGAGCCAGCUUUUGCCUUGACUCUCUCUCCCGAGCCUCUUUUUCAUAACCUUUCCCCUGCUGAUUCCACCAGUCAGGCCCCCAGUUCUCCCAGACCCAUGCAGGUGGAUGAGAGACACCCCUGGAGACGGAAGAGAAUAGCCGAGGCUGAGAUGGAGUGCCAGAGCAUCGAGUCCCACAUGUCCAUCCAUGAGAGGAAACAGCUUAUAGUGGCCCAAGAGGAAGCCUGGAAGAGCAAAGGCCACGGGGCGGCCAAUGACUCCACCCAGUUCACCGUGGCUGCACGCAUGGUGAAGAAAGGGUUGGCCUCCCCCUCCGCCCUCCAGUCUCAAGCGACAUCCAAACCUAAGAACAGCAGCCCUGCCAUCUCCAAACCACAGGAAGACAUGGAGGAGAUGUCUGAUACUGAAGAGAUCAAGGCCAUACCCGAUCUGAACCUGGAGUCGGACAGGAAGCUGGAUAAUCUAGAGUCAUUCCUGGGCAAGCUCAAUAGUAAAGUGUGUGGCCUGCCAGAAGCUACCAUCUCAGUGACACAGAAGAAGGUGAAGGAAGUGAUGACCCUCGAGGAUGAAACAUUCUCCAAGUUCUACCGCCAUGUGGAGGAGUUCCCCUCGGUCACCAACAAGGUGGAGAUAGACGACGACUUUGAUGCCAUCUUUGGUCCGCAGGUGCCAACGCUGACCUCGGAGAUGGAGCAGCACAAGCGAGCGGUGCGCCCGACGCGUAAUGUCCCGUCGUCCAGGAACCCUCUGAAGAUGCUGGCUGCCCGGGAGGACAUCCGACACGAGUACACGGAGCAGAGGCUCAACGUGGGCCUGCUGGAGAGCAAGAGGAUGAAGGCUGAGAAGAUGAAUAAAAACUCUGGUUUCUCUGAGGUGGCUCUGGCUGGUCUCGCCAGCAAGGAGAACUUCAGCAAUGUCAACCUGCGCAGUGUCAGCAUCUCCGAGCAGAUGUCCAACAACAGCGCUGUGCCUUACAAGAAGCUCAUGCUGCUGCAGGUCAAAGGCCGAAGACACGUCCAGACCCGGCUAGUGGAGCCCAGAGCGUCCUCCCUGAAUAGCGGCGACUGUUUCCUGCUCAUCACGCCGCACCACUGCUUCAUCUGGACGGGAGAGUUUGCCAACGUCAUCGAGAGGAACAAGGCUGCAGAGUUGGCCAACUUCAUCCAGAGCAAGAGAGAUUUGGGUUGUCGUGCCAACCAUGUGCAGUUCAUCGAGGAGGCUGUCAACACUCAGAGCCACGCUGCCAAGGAGUUCUGGAAGAUUCUGGGAGGACAGUCGACUUAUCAGUCUGCAGGAACACCAGAUGAAGAUGAGUUGUACGAGGGCGCCAUCGUGGAGACAAACUGUAUUUACCGCCUGAUGGACGACAAACUGGUCCCAGACGAUGAUUUUUGGGCCAAGAUGCCUCGAUGUUCCCUCCUCGAACCCAAGGAGGUUUUGGUGUUUGACUUUGGCAGUGAGAUGUACAUAUGGCACGGGAAGGAAGUGACGCUUGCACAGAGGAAGGUGGCGUUCCAGCUGGCCAAGCACCUGUGGAACGGCACCUUUGACUUCACGAACUGUGACAUCAACCCGCUGGACCCAGGAGAGUGCAACCCACUCAUACCCAAGAAAGGUCAGGGUCGACCUGACUGGGCAGUGUUCGGCAGGCUGACUCAACACAAUGAAACCACUCUGUUCAAAGAAAAGUUUGUGGACUGGAGCGACUCCAGGAAAACCCCCAGCCCCACAAGAAACACCAACAACCAUGUCACUGAUCAGAAGGAGCCGUCAGCCGCCGAUCAUCGCCACGCGUAUGACGCCUCCCUGAUGCUGCAUCCCCAUGAGGCACCGGUCUGCUCCAAACUGGAUGGCUUCAAUGUGGGCCGGGGCUACGGCCUGGUGGAGGCAGAGGACUGGCGGAGCUACAAGAUCAGCACUCAAGCGGUGGAGGUGUGGCACAUCCUGGAGUUCGACUACAGCCGUCAGCCGCACCAGAGCAUCGGCCAGUUCCACGAGGGCGACACCUACGUGGUGAAGUGGAAGUACAUGGUCAGCACUGCAGUUGGGAAGAGACAGAACCCAGAUCAGGUGAAGACGGCAGGGCCGGGGAAAGAGAAGUGCUGCUACUUCUUCUGGCAGGGCCGCAACUCCACCGUCAGCGAGAAAGGAACGUCAGCACUGAUGACUGUGGAGCUGGAUGAAGAGCGAGGAGCACAGGUUCAAGUCCAGCAGGGGAAGGAGCCUCCAUGUUUCCUGCAGUGUUUUAAAGGAGGGAUGGUGGUUCACUCAGGGAAGAGAGAAGAGGAGGCGGAAAACUCACAAAAUGACUGGCGUCUCUAUUGCGUGCGGGGAGAGGUGGAGGUGGAGGGCCACCUGCUGGAGGUGGCCUGUCACUGCAGCAGCCUGCGCUCCAGAGUCUCCAUGGUGAUGCUGAGCGUCAGCCAAGCCGUCAUCUACCUGUGGCACGGCUGCAAGUCUCAGACACACACACGGGAGGUGGCACGCACCGCCGCCAACAGAAUCAAAGAACAUUGUCCCCUGGAAGCAGGCCUCCACAGCAGCAGCAAGGUGAGCAUCCGGGAGUGUGACGAGGGAUCAGAGCCCACAGGAUUCUGGGAAGCCCUCGGGAGGAGGGACAGGAAAGCGUACGACUGCAUGCUGCAAGACCCUGGCAGGUUUAACUUCACUCCGCGUCUCUACCAGUUGAGCAGCAGCUCAGGGGAGUUUGCAGCCGUGGAGUUCCUCUACCCAGCCAGAGACCCCAAACAGGUCAACUCCAUGCCCUUCCUACAGGAGGACCUUUAUGCAGCUUCCCAGCCAGCCCUGUUCCUGGUGGACAACCACCACGAGGUGUAUCUGUGGCAGGGCUGGUGGCCUCAAGACAGUGAAAGCACCGGCUCAGCCCAGAUCCGCUGGGACUCGGACAGGAAGUGUGCCAUGGAGACUGUGCUGCAGUACUCCAGAGAAAAGAAUGAGAAGAAGCCUCCCAAAGCGUAUCUGAUCCACGCUGGUCUGGAGCCGCUCACCUUCACCAACAUGUUCCCCAGCUGGGAGCACAGAGAGGACAUCGCUGAGAUCACUGAGAGGGAGGCAGAGGUGUGUAACCAGAUCAUCCUGGUGGAGGACGUGUUGGCCAGGCUGUGUAAAACCACCUACCCACUGGCAGACAUCCUGGCCCGGCCGCUGCCUGAGGGAGUCGACCCUCUUCGGCUGGAGGUCUACCUGUCGGAGGAGGACUUUGAGGGUGUAGGGGCUUAUGGGAAGAAAGGCUUGGAGAUGACCAGAGAGGAUUAUGGGAGUUUGCCCGUCUGGAAACAAGUGAAAUUGAAGAAAGCCAAAGGACUUUUCUAGAUCGCUGAAACAGAGGAGGCGACGUGAAGACGUCACAAAAACCACCAAGAUGUUGUUUCGUCUCUUUUAUUUGUUUACGUCUGCGCACAACCGAGG